UGGUGGGCGUGGUCGGCGUCUGUGACGUCACACCGGUAUCCACCGGUGCGAGCUGCUUUUUUUCUGCUACGCGCGGGUUUGGGGCGGACUGAAACACACACAUACACAGAGCGGUAAUGCUGGAUUUGUUUUUCGGUCUGUGUUUACUUCCCCUCAUCCUGUAAGCUCGCGGGACACGGCGACAUGGCUGCGCGCGGAAACGGAGCAGAAAACAACGACGCCACCGAGGAAUGCUUCGAAGAUGCCUAUGAUCGAAUCCCAGUUGCCUCUAAGAUGGACCUGGCUUCGUCUAUAGAGGAAUGCACGAUGGCUCUCAACCUGCUGCUGAACAACAGGUUCACUGAAGCUCUGGACGUCCUCAGACCCUGGUAUAAGGACAGUGUGUAUCACGCUCUGGGCUACAGCAGUAUUCUGGUGAUGCAGGCAGGAAUGACCUUUGAGCACAAGGACAUUCAGGUUGCCAUGACGGCCAUCAAAGAGUCUCUGGAAACCUGUCAGAAGUUCAGGAAGAGAAGUUCGAUGGUGGAUUCGCUCUCCAGUUUGGUCUCUAAACAGUCAUCUAAUGGACUGAAAGCAGAGGAGAUGCACGCAGAGAUUUGUUAUGCUGAGUGUCUGCUACAGAAAGCCGCACUGACCUUCAUACAGGACGAGAACAUGAUCAGCUUCAUUAAGGGUGGCAUGAAAAUCCGCACCAGCUAUCAGAUAUACAAGGACUGCCAUAAUGUGUUAAACAUGUGUCAGGAUGUGGACGGACACAUCGAGGCCUUCAGACAGUUUGAAAGCGGAGUGAAGCUGGGCAUCGGCUCAUUCAACCUGAUGUUGUCGCUGCUGCCUGCCCGAAUCCUCCGAUUGCUAGAGUUCAUCGGCUUCUCAGGGAACAGAGAGUAUGGGCUGGCCCAGCUGAGAGAAGGAGCAGCGAAUCACAGUCUAAGAUCUAUAUUGUGUGUGUUAACACUGCUAGUGUACCACACCUACGUCUGCCUCAUCCUCGGAACAGGAGACGGGAACUUAGUGGAAGCAGAGGCUCUCUUAGAGCCGUAUGUGGACAAAUUUCCUAAAGGUUCCAUAAUCCUGUUCUACACGGCGCGGAUCACUGUAUUACGUGGACAUUUCCAUAAGGCACAGCAGAAGUUUGAGGAGUGUAUUAGUUCUCAGCAGCAGUGGCGUCAGAUUCAUCACCUGUGUUACUGGGAGCUGAUGUGGUGUCACUCGUUUCAGCAGCAGUGGAGUGAAGCGUACCGUUACGCCGAUCUUCUGUCCAGAGAGAGCCGCUGGUCUAAAGCGAUCUACGUGUAUCAGAAAGCUGCUAUUCUCAGCAUGAUGAGUGAAGAUGAGGUGAAGAACACUGGGGAGGACAUUGUGGGCUUAUUCAGGCAGGUAGAGGGGCUGAAACAACGUUUAGCCGGGAAGUCUAUCCCUACUGAGAAGUUCGCGGUGAGGAAAGCUCGCCGAUACUCGGGAGCCAAACCCGUCAAACUGGUCAUCCCUCUGCUGGAAAUGAUGUAUGUGUGGAAUGGGUUCACCAUCGUGGGGAAGCGGCCGGACGCCACAGAGGCGUUACUGAUCACGAUAGAGAGAGCAGAGGCACAACUGAGGAACAAUCCUAAGCCCACAGAGUAUCACACAGAUGACGAGUGUUUGGUGCAGAUGUUGAAGGGUUUGUGUCUGAAACAUCUGGGCAGGUUACUGCAGGCGGAGCUCUGCUUCUCACAUGUCAUCGCAAGUGAGAAGAGGAUUCGUUAUGAUCAUUAUUUGAUCCCUUUCACUCUCUAUGAGCUGGGUUUACUCUACAAACUUCAGGGAGACGUCGCCAAGGCAACCAGAUACAUCGAAGACGCCAAGGUGAAUUAUAAGGAUUACUCGAUGGAGUCUCGGCUGCAUUUCCGGAUCCAUGCAGCGCUGAACAGCCUGAAAGGUACUCCGGUCAACUCGCCAUAGAAACGGGCUCAUCACAUGCUGACCUUUACGAUGGGAGCGGCAUCGUCUUGAUCAUCAGAGUACUGUAACGAGUGACGAAUAAAACAUUCGUCUACAAACAAGCAAACCAAAGUGCAUUUCCUCUGUUGUGUAUUAGCAGAGAGGAGACGGUACAACACACACACACACACUUGUACCUCAGCAGGUGUAAAAAAAAAAAAAAAAAAAAGCAAACAAACAAAAAAACAGGGGGGGGGAGAAAACAGGUUUAGUUGAAAUGGGGUUUAGUUGUUUAUAUAAAUAUUAAAUAAUUAAAGGGGAAUGAUUUAUACAUUUUAUUAAAUUUUCCUUUUAUCUUCUAUAGUUUUUAUUUCUCAUGAUAAUAAUAAUGAGGUUAAAGCAAUCAUAGAGCUGAACAUUGCAAGAUCCAACAUAGCUGCUUUCACGAAUGUACCCUUUUGUUCUAUUUAAAGCUGCAGUAUUAAUUUUUUAAUAAUGAGCGCUAAUCGAAGCCUUAAUGAGUCAGUCCUGCUCUGUGAGUAGGAGGGGCUUCCUCAUUGACCUGUGAAUAACAGUAACACUAGCCAGUCAUUGAUGUUUGCAGCAGUUCAAAACGAUACGCUGCUUAUACGCCCUCGACUAGCUCGGCUAGCAAGCGGUGGAGUUUGACUACGACUAAAUUGAGGGGGGAAAAAAGAAGCGUUAAUUUCCUGUGAUAGUGAUAUUAUUUCCUUCACACUCCGGCAGCAGUAACUCCGAGUCAGGGCUGAAUUUUUUCCUGUUUUUUUCAUACGUGGAUACAUGUAACUUGCAGUAACACAUUUCCACCAGAGAUGUCACCAAAUCACUCCACCCUCCCAAAGUUACAUACUGCAGCUUUAAAGUUAGUUUUUUCUUCUAGUGAUUAAAAAACUAAUUUAGACAAUCAUACAGCUUUUGUUACUAACGCUGUGCUGAUGCCGAUGUCUAAUCUAGAACAGUUCCAUGCCUUUCUCUUCAUCGCCAUGACUAAUAGAGCAGUUCAAAUUUACAUAAAAUGAGAGAGUAUUAUGGCAAGAUGUUGAAUAUUACAGUUGAAAGAAAUAGCUGAAUUAAUUGUGAAGAUUGUUACUAAGGCACGCCCACAUGUGAUGAUGAAAUAGUCGUGACUUCUAAACCGGUGGAAGCGUGAGACGGUCCGGCUCGUAUCGGCGUGAUGUCGAUGAUGAACAGUUACGAAGACGUUGAGAAUAUUUACUGAAAUCUAAAAUCCAAGAAGGCUGCUUUCAGGAUCAUAACGUCCGGUUUAAUUGUUUUAUUCACAUCAAAUAUUUGUGUUUGUGUGUGUGUGUGCGCCUCAGUGUGUGGUGUUUAACAUUUUAUUAGCUUUUAAAUGACCCUCACUAUGUCACGUCGGCUUUGUGUACGUUGCGUUUGUGUAAAUUAAAUAUAUAUAUAUAUAUAUAUAUAUAUAUAUAUAUAUAUAUAUAUAUAUAUAUAUAUAUUGAUAGUACUGUGUGAUGGUAUGCAGUGCAAUAGCACAGAGAUUACGCUGAUAAUCAGCUAUAUGAUAUUCUCAUCACCAUAAAAUCUCCACGGUGUCUUCUAAAGGAGAAAUCCAUCCCAUAAUACUCCUCCUAACCAGUGCAGGCUCUUAAGCAGAUCAUAAAUAUUACUGAUUCUAUAUAAAUGAUGGAAAUACUGAGAUUGGAAUUUCAUUAGAAAGGAAAUGUUACAUUUCAUACAUGUGGAAGUAUAGCUGUGUAAGAUCAGACGUGCAUGCAUAGAUUAGAAAGUUAUUCCAAAUAUAAAAGAUUAUAAAUGUAGAUACAUCAAAAAUUAUAAACUUGAAAGGUUAAACGUUAUGUUUAAAAAAAAACCUCUAGAAUUGUAAGAUGUGUUUUAGAAUCACAAAUUGAUAUUUCAGAAGAUUAGACAUGAAUUUUUAAAUGGGGAAAUUAGACAGAAAAUUAUAUGUGGAACGUGAGAUGUUAACUUUAAACAUUCAGAAGAUUACACUGGAAUCUUUAGUUUCAGAAGAUCAGAUGCAAAUGUAUGCAGUCGGAAGAUAUCGCAUUGAUCGAGUCUGAAGAUUAGACGCAAUGUGAUAGAUUUGGUACGUUGUAGAAUGGAAAAAUUAGGCACAAAUUUAGGCUUUAGAUUAUUAAGACAAAAUGCUAUGUUUGGAAAAUCAGAUGAAAAAUUAGAUUCAGUUUAGAUUCCCAGGCGAUUUGGGAGAUUAGAUGCAAAUCUGGAAGUUCUGAAGAUAACAGUCAGCUCCAGAAUUAUUGGCACACUUGGUAAAGAUUGUUUUAAAAAAUAAACAACUCGUCUUUGUGGUUCAUUAGCUUAAUCUAAAACAAUACAAUUAUCGGGUAAAGAAAAGGAAUAAAAACCUCGUGUCACAGUUCUUGCACUGUUAAUUCUGGAGCUGAGGGUAGAUACAUGUACAAUCAGCCAAUCACGUGUCAGCUCUGUGUACUGAUUCAUUAAUAUUCAUGAUCUCACCUCAGAGCCUCACUGGACAUGAGCUCCAUUAAAAUCUGAUUACUUCAAAAUGUCAUCAUGUAAGGUGAGACUUUAAUAUCAGCACAGACUCGGUGCUUCACGUCCUGUUAACUCUUUAAAUAAGUCGGAAACAACAAGCAGCCAUAGCAAUAAACUACUGUAAACAAGCAUUAGUAAUAAUAAUAAUAAUAAUAAUAAUAAUAAUAAUAAUAAUUUAGUCUGAUUAUGAUCAAAAUAUACUCUUUAUUUUGAGAAAUAAGGCAAUAUUCAGGGACAUCAGGAGGCGUUUCUCUAGAUCACUUUGUCAUGAUGUGAAACAUGAAAACAGGAUAAAUUAUAUAUAAUCAUUUAUUAUCCAUUAAAAAAAAAAAUUAAUAACUAUAGUAUAAAUUUUGUCUAUAAUGUGUGUGUGUGUGUGUGUGUGUGUGAAUCUCUCCAUUGCUUUACUAUGCAGAUUGUCAUUUUCACUUUUCACACAUUCAUAAAAUUCAUUGCGUCCGUGUUCACGUGAGGAAAGUUGCUGGUGUUCAGGGUCGGGUUACGCAGCUGGAUUUUCUGAGCUCUGCAUUCAGAUGAUUAAAAUGUAAUUCACGUAAUUCAUGUAAUUCACGUGUAUUUCACACCUCCGAGGGAGCCAUAUUUGUCUUGAGUUGAAGAGUCUGAGACAACAGCGUCCAGACCAGCUUCAAAACGCUUGCUCGAGUCGAUAUCUCAUAAGAAAAAAUGUGCUUAAAUUCAAGGUCAGAAUCCUUCGCACCCGAGACACGGCUCUAGUUUAGACAAACUCCGCUCCAUGUGAAUAUUAAUGAGUCUGUGUGUGGCUUCCUGACUGAGCACUUACCUCAACACUGAAUAUAACGCUGAGUGAAUCGAAGCAGAAUUACGAGACGGUAAUUCAGCUAUUCUGCUGUGGCUCAGUAGUGGGCGGGGUCUGAGGCAGUGAUUGGCUAAAAGGAAAUGCCCUUCCAGGAACAUCUUACACUUGAAAGUAUCAGGAGCAGAGCAGAGCAGAAUACUGAGAAUGAUUAUACGUCAUCUGCACGCGACCCUUGCUCCGCCUCCUAACUAGCCGACUGCUGCUCAUUUGCAUAUCAGACGCUGCAGACUCCUAGCUACCUUGUGUUUUAUUCCAGGUGAAGCGCCGCGUACUGUACGGCUCGUCGAUGCAAUGAGAAGAAUACAGAUGUGAAUAAACAGAUGUACAGAUAGAUGUAUAUAACAUACGCAGGACAGAGAUUUAUAUUGAGUGUGAUCAGCAAUUACACACAGAGGUCAUGUGAUCAGCCCUGUUCGCUACGACGAAGUAAAGACACGCCACAGAGAAGUACUUCUUACCUCCGUCCCAAACCACAUAUUACAGUACUAAAUAGUGCACAAGUGUUCAGUUAUAUGAUUUAUAGGAUUUGGGCUGUGUUCCAAUCUACACUUUACUGUACUAAAUAUUGUGUAGGUUGUAUUUAUUCAGGCUUUCUCCCAAAACACACACUACACUAGUAACUAGCGUGCUAGUUAGUGUUAGUAGAUAUUCAGUUUUAGGAGUAAGACUAUGUCCUAAACUGCAUACUAGCUUACUAACUAGUGUGCAUGUGUGAUUCUGUAGGAUUGAGGCUGUGUCCCGAACCACAGUAAGCAGUGUGAUGGUGUUUAUAUAGGAUUUAGACUACAUCCCAAAGGCUUACUACUGUGUUAAAUAGAGGGCGAGUGUUAAUGCAUAGACUCAUGUUGAAUAGGUUUUGUAGGUAGUUAAGAGGUAGGCCGUGGGCUUGUAUGUGGUUUGGGACGCAGCCCGAGUCUCCCAGUGAUGACGUCUGUUGAUCUGUUCGGCACUCAGCACCACACAACGCAAAGCCUGCGUCUUUAGUUCUUUAUAAUAAUAUGUCUUUAUUACAUUUGAAUGAUUACUGAUAUAAAAACAAAGUGUGUUUAUUUUGUUCUGUGUAUUUGUUCACAUUUUGAUUCUGUAUGUUGUGUUCAUGUGUGUAAAAAUCGAAUAAAAUGCAACAUUAUAGAAAUAUACCCGUUGAGCCGAGUUGCAAAUGUUUGUACACCUUUAUGACAAAAUAAAGAGGAAUUAUAAUUUACAGCAA